CCUGAGCGUACUAGCCUUGCACCGCCCACUUCAUCACUCUCCCUUUGUCCUUCUGCCUUGUUUUGGUUCCCCGACCCUUGUUUUGUUUGACGCCACCAUCCACCAUGGCCAUGAAGCUGUACUACCAUGAAGGCAAGCGCGGCUUUGCCGAGAAGGUCCGCGUCAUGCUCGCCGAGACCGGCAUCAAGUACGAGGAUGUUCCUGUGAACCGUGACCAGAUGCAGCAGAUGAUCAAGGACGGUGUGGUCAACUUCGGCAUGCUCCCUGCACUCGAGCACGACGGCAAGAUCAUCGAGCAGAGCCCCAGCAUCAUGGAGUACAUUGCUGAAUACGCUGACAAGCUUGGUCUUGGUCAGGCCACCAACAAGUACUGCGGCGAGGCUGAUGAGCGCCCCAUCGUCCGCUCUUUUGCCAUGGCGGUGAACGACUUCCAGACGGAGGCCAAGACACACCUGGGUAAGGACGGUGCACCCUCCAACCUCGACUCGGUCAUCAUCCCCAAGUGGUUCACAUACUUCCAGAACAUCCUGGAGCGCAACGACGAUGACGAUGUGCGCACUGACGAGUACAUGUACGGCAAGCACCUGACAUUUGCGGACAUUGCACUGUUCGAGGCUGUCAACGCCGUGACUGAGCUGCACGGCCUGAACAAGGUGCGCCCCUACCCCAAGCUGAAGGAGUUCCACGACAAGAUUGCCGCCCGCGCACGCAUUGAGCAGUUCCUCGCCACGCGCGAGCAGGGCCAGUACUGAGGCCGCCAAGCCGCGCUGACAAUGGACGACGCUCUUCCUCGUGGUUUUAUUAUUUCCUGUCGUAACAACAUUGUCACACCCUUGGACCUCGUGCUGGAGCAUUUAUCUCGUGACUCUUGUGUGCGUCUGUGUUGUGUUGAGGGGCGAUGGGUGCUGUUCUCCCGUCUCCCCGUGUGAGCCGGCCACUGUGUAUGUGGUGUCGGGUAAUUCUGAUUCACUGCUUCUUCCCUGUUCCGUUUUGCUGGUGUUGUUGGCGUCGUGGUACUGGGUGUACACUCAAAACUGAACGGCGGCAAGCAACGUAGCUGUCAUCAUGUCACGUCGUCCUGAGUUGUUUGUUUAUCUUGGCGGUGGAGUGAGAACCGAGCCAUUGCGAGCCAAACUAUCAUUCAAUACAAACAUCCACCAAAACAA